CAAACAUUGGGGCAACUGCAGUUGACUUCAAAAACUUCAAAAGAGACCUCAAAGCGUACAUUGAAGGUGUAGAUGCUCAAAUGCUCAUCGAUAAACUGUUUAGGAAGCAAGAGUUAUGUUCUGCAUUCUUUUUCGAGUAUGAUGUUGACGAGACUGAUCAGUUGACCCGACUUUUCUGGUGUGAUCCUAUAGCAAGAAAGAAUUAUGCAUUCUUUGGUGAUGUCAUUUCGUUUGAUGCGACCUAUGGGACAAAUAGGUACAAUAUGAUUUUCACACCCUUCACAGGCGUGGACAACCAUAAGAAAUGCAUCACUUUUGCUGCGGGUCUUCUAUCUAAGGAGGAUGUUGAGUCGUAUGUAUGGAUUUUUACUCGCUUCCUCAAUGCAAUGCAUCGUGAACCUAAUUGCAUAGUUACUGAUCAAGAUCCUGCUAUGCGUAUUGCCAUCGAUAAUGUUUUCACUCAUGCACGUCACAGAUAUUGUAUGUGGCACAUUAUGAAAAAGGUUACUUCAAAGGUUGGACCGGUUUUGAGUCAUAAUGAGGAUUUCAUGUCCAAGCUCAAUUCUGUUGUUUGGACUAACUUCCUGGAGCCAAGUGACUUUGAAAGUAGAUGGUUGUCUG